CGUAUUUCGUUUUGUGCGCCGAAAGAAGAGGAUUAAAACAAAGCCAAGAAUAAAGUGCGGACAACAAAGCAAACACAUGACACAAGAGCAAACAAUUCGGCGCAAAACAAAUUUACUAACAUAAUCAAAUUACAAAAAAAUAAAAAAUUGAAACAAAGAAAUAUGGAAGAAGUCAACAAAACAACUAGUGGAAACGAACAAGAGCGCGUUGUUGUAUCGAUUCGGAAAGGUCGGCAAACAGGCGCAUACCGAAAAAGCUCUGGCCACGACAACAGCGACGACGGUAGUUACCAACGAUGGCCUGGAGAAAGUCUGCACCUUUCAGACUUGUAUCCGCUGCCGUUGCGAAAGGUUCGUUCGUGUUUGCGCUGGGUGGCCGUGUCUUUGACUAAAGCAGAGCAGUGAAAAAAACAGUAACACAGUAAAGAAAAAAAAGCCAAUUUUCUUCAACGUAUACUAGAAAAAAACGCAUUCUAAAUUGGAAUUUAAGCAAAAAAAAAAUGAAAUGCGAAAUUCGCGUACAAAAGUGUAAAUUAAUUGUGUGAAUGUAAUGAAAUUGGUGCAAAAUGCAGCAGAAAAAUUUACUUGCUGCAAAGAAAUGUUGCCCUAAUUUCAGAAAAAGUCGCAGCUGAAAAAUUUUUUCAUGCAGCAAAACGAGCUCAGCAGUGCAAGCAAAUAGGAAAUCACAUGAAUCUUUAUGAAAAAUAAACGAAAUAUAUUAAAAAAAUUCUAAAAGGUGUAGAAAAUUAAAUAAAGCCUUCAAAAAAAUUAAGCAUUUCAAACGUUUUUAUACAGAAAAGUGUGAAAAUUUAUGAUGAAAAUGCAGUGAAAAUUCGCAAGAAAAUUUUCGGUAUGUGUGUAUUUGCCAGCUUGUAGCACGACGUCUACGCGUUAAAAAAGCAACGAAAUUUCUAAAACAAAUAUACAUGGCAUUGUUAUGAACAAAGUUUCGCAAUUACGAAAAUAUAUUUAAAAAAUGGCUAAUUAGUUACCGUUGAUAUUAAAUGCUCUUGUGUCUACUAGCAAGCUUUUGAAAGCAGCAAUCAGCAAUCAGCAAAUUUAAAUGCAUUGUGCAGCAUAAUUAUAAAACAACAACAGCAACAAUAGCAAACAAGCAAAAAUAUGGUAUAAUAUUACGCACAAGUAAAUUGCAGUGUAUAACAAAAUUAAAAAAAAAAUAUUAAAUAAAUAAAUAUACAUAUAUAUAUAUAUAUAUAUAUAUAUAUAUAUAUAUAUUAACUCGUAUUUAACAAAUAACAAUUCAUAGCAAUACGUAAAGCAAAGAAAUGAAGCAAAAUAUUUAUAAAAGUUCUCAAAUAUUCAUGCGUAUAAAAUAAACUCGCGCUUGUCGUUUAAAUAAAUUCUAAAAAAAUACAUAUACAUAUAUAACUACUAUCACUACUACUACUACUACUACUACUUCUAACUACUACCGCUACAACAACUAUAUACAAUACUACUAAUCGUACCCACUAAAUUAUAAAUAUAUAUAAAUGUAUGUAUUUAUGUAUGUAUUAACAAUAUAACCAAAUUUACUUAACGUUUUAAAUAAGCGUUGCGUGUUCAUCAUUAGCAAUUAGUGAAUUCUCAGCAAAUAUCAGCAAAUCAAUCAAUCGUUUAAUUAUUAACUAACAACAACAAAACAACAAAAGCACUUUACAUACGCAUACUCACGUUAACAUUAUUUCCAAAUAAAGUCGUGAACGAAAAAAUGAUAUAAUUGCGGUGCGUGCGUAUGUGUGUGUGUGUAUGCGUAAUAGCUUUGCGCAGGUGCGCAAACGAAAAACCGCAAUCAAGAACAAUCGCUACUGGCUGAAGCAUGCAAAAUUGCAUAGUGUGAAUGUUGGCAACGCUGGCGUGCCUCGGUGGUUUUGCCUGUAUUAGGAAUAGAUAAAAAUCAAACGAAAAAUGCUAUCGUGACUAAUUAAGUACCAAUAACAGCCGCAAACUUGAUUAAUUACAAAUAAAUAAUACAAAUGGUUUAUUGGUGUCCGAACUGUAAUGAUGUUUCUGUACUGCCGCCACCCUCCGCGCAGGGGAUGUCGGGGUGUGACCAAAGCACUGUCGAAUCAUUGGCCGAAGAUCCAACAGAUUCACCAUUCGCUGCCGAUGAGUGUCUCAAAGUACGCAAAUAUUGGUGUUUUCUGCUCUCCAGCAUAUUUACCUUCCUUGCUGGUCUAUUUAUUGUACUACUAUGGCGGGCAUUUGCAUUCAUUUGUUGUCGCAAAGAGCCCGAUUUGGGACCAAACGAUCCCAAACAGAAAGAGCAGAAGGCGUCACGAAACAAACAAGAAUUCGAAGGAACUUUUAUGACAGAAGCAAAAGAUUGGGCCGGCGAGCUUAUAUCGGGACAAACAACAACGGGAAGAAUUUUGGUCGUGCUUGUAUUUAUACUCAGCAUUGCAUCACUCAUUAUAUACUUCGUGGAUGCAUCUAGCGAAGAAGUCGAAAGAUGUCAAAAAUGGAGUAAUAACAUUACUCAACAAAUCGAUCUCGCAUUCAAUAUAUUUUUUAUGGUUUACUUUUUUAUACGAUUCAUAGCGGCGUCCGAUAAACUUUGGUUUAUGUUAGAAAUGUACAGUUUUGUAGAUUAUUUUACAAUACCCCCGUCCUUUGUAUCAAUAUAUUUAGAUCGGACAUGGAUCGGUCUUCGAUUUCUUCGAGCGUUACGUCUCAUGACCGUACCGGAUAUUUUACAAUAUUUAAACGUUCUAAAAACAUCGAGCUCGAUACGCUUGGCUCAACUAGUAUCAAUUUUUAUAUCUGUAUGGUUAACAGCAGCGGGCAUAAUACAUCUGCUGGAAAACUCUGGCGAUCCGCUGGAUUUUAAUAAUGCUCAUCGAUUAUCCUAUUGGACCUGUGUCUAUUUCCUAAUUGUGACCAUGUCAACGGUAGGAUAUGGUGACGUUUACUGUGAGACUGUAUUGGGAAGGACAUUCCUUGUGUUCUUUCUACUCGUCGGCUUGGCAAUGUUUGCCAGCAGUAUACCGGAAAUAAUAGAGCUUGUUGGUAGUGGCAAUAAAUACGGCGGUGAACUGAAAAGAGAACACGGAAAGAGACAUAUUGUCGUGUGCGGACAUAUAACGUAUGAGUCAGUGUCGCAUUUCUUGAAGGAUUUCCUGCAUGAAGAUCGUGAAGAUGUGGAUGUGGAGGUGGUAUUUUUACAUCGCAAGGAGCCUGAUCUGGAGCUAGAAGGUCUACUGAAGCGUCACUAUACGACAGUGGCGUUUUUUCAGGGCACCAUGAUGAAUGCUGUCGAUUUGGAACGAGUAAAGGUACACGAAGCUGAUGCCUGCUUGGUACUGGCCAAUAAAUAUUGCCAAGAUCCCGAUGCUGAAGAUGCUGCCAAUAUUAUGCGAGUCAUCUCGAUUAAAAACUACAGCGAAGAUAUACGAGUGAUUAUACAACUUAUGCAAUAUCAUAAUAAGGCUUAUUUACUCAAUAUACCCUCAUGGGAUUGGAAACAAGGUGAUGACGUCAUCUGCUUGGCUGAACUGAAACUCGGCUUUAUUGCACAGAGUUGUCUGGCGCCGGGCUUCUCAACAAUGAUGGCGAAUUUAUUUGCUAUGCGUUCGUUCAAAACUUCACCAGAUACACAGGCCUGGCAAAACGAUUAUCUUCAAGGUACCGGGUGUGAGAUGUACACCGAAACCCUCUCACCUUCAUUUACCGGCAUGACAUUCCCACAAGCCAGCGAACUGUGCUUCUCGAAAUUGAAACUCUUGCUGGUAGCUAUCGAAAUCAAAGGUGCCGAAGAGGGUGCGGAUAGUAAGAUUUCUAUAAAUCCACGUAAUGCUAAAAUACAGGCGAAUACGCAAGGCUUCUUUAUAGCGCAAAGUGCGGAUGAAGUGAAACGCGCCUGGUUCUAUUGCAAGGCAUGUCAUGAAGAUAUUAAAGACGAAACGUUAAUCAAGAAGUGUAAAUGCAAAAACUUGGCAGUACAGCCAAGGACCAAAUUUGAUGAUUUAGAUGUGGGCAUGAUUAUGAUGCAGACCGGAAUGGUGAAUCAAGGCAUUACCUCAGUCCUUAACCAAAUAGAGGAUGAUUUCCAUCCACCACCCACAUUUACGCCGCCAGAACUGCCCAAGCGGGUGCAUGUGCGCGGAUCAGUAACGGGUGACAUGACACGCGAUAGAGAGGAUGUGAACCUCAUAAAUCGUAAUGGUCGCCGUACUAAUGGCACCGGUAACGGUAGUACAGGAUUGCAUAUGAAUUCAAUAGCAGCGAAACAAGUUAACAAGGUGAAGCCCACAAUUAAUCGACAACAAGUCGAAGGACAAGUGAUAUCGCCAUCACAAUAUAACAGGCCGCCAGAAAACGAUGCUAACCCAUAUGCGGGCUACCAACUCGCUUACGAAGUUAAAAAGCUCAUGCCAACAAGUCGCAGCUCCGGUACUGGCACGCAAAAUCAAAAUGGCGGCGUUACACUACCGGCUGGCAUUGCGGACGAUCAAUCGAAAGAUUUCGAUUUUGAAAAGACCGAGAUGAAAUAUGAUUCGACGGGCAUGUUCCACUGGAGUCCGGCUAAGAAUUUAGAAGACUGCAUAUUGGAUCGCAAUCAAGCGGCAAUGACUGUUCUAAAUGGUCAUGUUGUCGUAUGCCUUUUUGCCGAUCCAGAUUCGCCGUUAAUCGGACUACGCAAUUUGGUAAUGCCAUUACGAGCCUCCAACUUUCACUAUCACGAACUGAAGCAUGUGGUGAUAGUCGGCUCGGUGGACUAUAUACGCCGUGAAUGGAAGAUGUUGCAGAAUUUGCCAAAAAUAUCAGUGUUGAAUGGUUCGCCGUUGAGUCGUGCCGAUUUGCGUGCCGUUAACGUAAAUUUAUGCGAUAUGUGUUGUAUUCUGUCGGCGAAAGUUCCUAGCAACGACGAUCCGACGCUGGCCGAUAAGGAGGCCAUUCUGGCGUCGCUCAACAUCAAGGCAAUGACCUUUGACGAUACGAUCGGUGUACUGAGUCAACGUGGGCCCGAAUUCGAUAAUCUGAGCGCGACCGCUGGCAGCCCAAUUGUGCUGCAACGGCGCGGCUCUGUUUACGGCGCGAAUGUGCCCAUGAUAACAGAACUGGUCAACGAUAGUAACGUGCAGUUUCUCGAUCAAGACGAUGACGAUGAUCCGGAUACUGAGCUAUAUCUAACGCAGCCGUUCGCCUGCGGUACCGCCUUCGCCGUUAGUGUUCUCGACUCGCUGAUGUCGACGACGUACUUUAAUCAAAACGCUUUAACGUUAAUCCGCUCACUUAUCACCGGCGGCGCUACACCAGAGCUGGAACUCAUACUCGCCGAAGGUGCUGGUCUACGUGGCGGUUAUAGCACCGUCGAUAGUCUUAGCAAUCGCGACAGAUGUCGCGUUGGUCAAAUAUCUCUGUACGACGGCCCAUUGGCUCAAUUCGGCGAAUGCGGCAAAUAUGGUGACCUAUUUGUGGCAGCGCUCAAAUCGUAUGGCAUGCUUUGUAUUGGCCUCUACCGAUUUCGGGAUACGAGUUCGAGUUGUGAUGCGAGUAGUAAACGUUAUGUUAUAACGAACCCACCCGAUGAUUUUUCACUACUGCCAACAGAUCAGGUUUUCGUAUUAAUGCAAUUCGAUCCGGGCUUAGAAUAUAAACCGGCCGCAGUACGUGCGCCACCUGGUGGUCGCGCUGCCAACACACAAGGCUCCGGGGUCGGUGGGGGUGGUUCAAACAAGGAUGAUAACUCUUGAUUGUUACUGUGUAGCGCCUUAACUGAUGGUCCUUACUCGUACAUUUGAACGAUGGAGCAAACGAUCGGGUACAAAAUAGCGUAUUUCUGGCAAAUAAUAAUCGGAAAAAUAUGGCAAAAACUAUGUGCGGCAAUGCAGAAUGUAUCAAACACACAACAUUAAUACAAACACCAACAAAAACCUAAAAACAUAAAGAAAUUCUAAAAUAAUUGGUAAUAAAAAUUAGCAAACAAAAAAACUGGUGUUAAUGCCGCAGGUAAA